CUGACCUGUUCGAAGAACGGAGAUUGUGAUUAAAGUUUUACAUGUCUAAAAGAUGCUUAUCGUUGUAUUUAGUACCGGUGUUUUGAGUUAAUUUAGUUUGUAAUCCUUUAACAAUAUGGAUGCGGUUCAGAGAGGUAAUUUAUAUGUAACAUACGUUGAAAAGGAAGGACCGUUUUUAAAAAUUUGGGGGCAAAGAGAUAAAGAUACAGCCGUUUAUGUAGAACAGUUUCUUGCACACAUUGCCGAACAGUUUGAACUUGGCAUUGGAAAGACUAACCGAGAGAAUUUACCUGUUGGUAAACAAGUAUGUGCAAAAUACAAAGAUGGUAAAUAUUACCGGGCAAAGAUAAUAAACAAUACUCUUGGGGCUGAUGAAUUUGUUGAGGUUAGCUUCGUCGACUACGGUAAUAAAGAAAUUUUACCAGUAGAAGCAAUAAGAUCGGUCGAUGGAAAUUUAAGUUCUUUGCAGUCAAUUCCACCCCUAGCUACAGGUUUCAUUUUUGCUGAGGCUCAUUGUGUAGGAGGGGGAGAAUGGAAUGAAACAGAUUUUGAAAGAUUAGCCAAAGAAAUUAAAUAUAGAGAAGUCCAGUGCUCUAUCUUAACUAAAGCUACGCAUUAUUAUCUUAUUAAAAUAUUUUUCGAAGGAAAUGAUCUGUGUCACCUCUUGAUUCAGAAAGAUUUGAUGCAACCAAUUUCCCUUCAAGCACAACAAGCUGUCCUAUUAAGUAUGAGUAUGCAGAAACCACAACAAUCAGCUCAGACCCAACAGAUGAAUAUUGCUCCUUCAUCUGGAAUUAAUACUUACAAAGCUUGCACUCUCGAGCCAGGAUGCCAAUAUCCUGUUUUCGUUUCCUAUGUAAAUGAUGGCCCAUGUCACUUUUCAGUUCAACUGAAACAGACUGAAGAUGUUUUAGUUCAACUGAUGACUGACAUUAAUAAAAUGCCAUUGAGACAGUUUGAAGAUAUUCCAAUUCCUGGUACAGUUUGUUUGGCAAGAAGCAGAGAUGACAAUACUACAUGUAGAGCAGUAGUAACUAAUGAAGUUGAUACUCAAUUUAAAGUUUUCUUUGUAGACUUCGGAAAUUACGAAGUACUACCAUUGGAAUGCCUUUACCAAAUUCCAUUCAAAUAUGUUCUGCCGAAAGUAAUGGCCAUACGUUUCUCCCUAGCUGGAGUAGAUAAAGCAACUGUUACAAUUGAUAUGAGAAGUGCUUUCAAAAAGUUUGUAGACAAUAGGUUAUUGCAUAUGAAAGUUUUACCAUCCCCUACUAGAACAGCUUUACCCAAAUGCGAACUCUGGGAUCCGGAAACUAUGACCAGUGCACUCGAUGUUGUCAUUAGAGCAGCAAAACACUCUUAUCCCGAGCCAGUAAUUUUAAUGAGAGGUUUUAGCCAGCCAGUUAAAGUUAGUUACGUCUACAGUUGCAACCGAUUCUAUGUUCAAUUAGUAAAAAAAGAACAGGAACUAACAACUCUUAUGGAAGAGCUUCAAAGCUUGUGUCUAGAUAGUUCUUUCAUGGAAUUAUCUUCCAUCAAACCAGGAAUUCCUUGUUGUGCCCAAUACAGCGAAGACCAGAUGUGGUAUAGAUCGCAAGUUACAGAAAUGUCGGGAAAUUUAGUCACAGUUCGCUACAUAGACUAUGGAAACGAGGAAUCAGUCCCUAUAGACCAGCUGAAAAACAUCGAAGGGGAAAUUCUAACGGUUCUUAAACCUCAAGCUAUUGAAUGUUGUCUCAACGGAUACCAAAAGAUGGAACCUGAUGUCGUAAGGGAUGGUUUAUUGGAGGAACUGCUAUUGGAAAACACAUUUACAAUGAAAGUUGUGGAUAUGUGCGACAAAAAAGCAUUGGUUGAGUUAUUUGAUGACUCUGAAUACAAUGUUGCUUCCCUGUUGCUUGAUAAAUUGGCUGCAGCUAUAUCACAGGUCAGUCCAGUAUUGGUACAAGCAGGCAACAAACUAGAACAUAGAAAAUCGUACACACAACAAAGGGAGCAAAAUUUCAAAGGGGAUAGAAGCCAAAACACCGGACGUGAACACAAACCUUGGGAAAAACCUGGCGACAGAAACGAAAAGUCUUGGAGACAAGAUAGUAGAGAUAAUCAAAAUUUCGAAAAAAAUACGAACGACAACGAUAGAUCUUGGCGUCAAAAUAAAGAUUCCAGUGUAAAUAGUCGACUUGACAAAUACAAACAAAACGAUACCUACAACAGUAACGACCAUAACAGUAACGAUGCAAAUUGGAAUGACAAUCAGACCAACGACGGGUGGAAUGACGGCACAGAAACAAAUGUCGCUGAAGAACCAUGGAAACCCCAAGAAAAAGAAGAAUGGGGAACCGGUUCGAACGAUAAUAGUGAAGGUGGAUCCAGUUGGAGAAACAACGAUAACAGGGGCGAUAGAAAGAACAGGGGAGGGUUUAAUAAUGACAGAGGAGGCAGAGAUGGAAGAGAACGUUUUAACAAUGAUAAGGGUGGUCGUGGAGGAUUUAACAGCGAUAGAGGCGAUCGAGGAGGAUUUAGGGGCGAUAGAGGCGACCGAGGAGGAUUUAACAGCGAUAGAGGAGAUCGAGGAGGAUUUAACAGUGAUAGAGGCGAUCGAGGAGAGUUUAACAGCGAUAGAGGCGAUCGAGGAUUUAACAGUGAUAGAGGCGAUCGUGGAUUUAACAGUGAUAAAGGCGAUCGAGGAUUUAAUAGCGAUAGAAGUUAUAACAAUGAUAGGGGUGACAGAGGCGGAUUUAACAGCGAUAGAAACGAUCGUGGAGGAUCUAGAAGUGAUAGAGGAGGAAGAGGUGGACGUGGAGGUUUCAACGAUAGAGGAAACCAAAGAGAUGGAGGAUAUAGACAAAGAGAUUAUAAAAAAGAUGGAUCUGAAAGCGGUUCUGAGAAAAGCUUCCAAAGAGGACCUAGAUCAAAUUCUCGCUAUGAUCGAGGCGGUCGAAACCCUAGAGACUUCGACAAAGCCAGGAAUUUAAAUUUCGACAACAAUUCUGGUGGAGAUUCAUGGGACUCCACGCCGAAAGCACCGAGCAUAGAUGCUGUUCCCAUCUCGACCACAUUCCAGUCAUACGAAGUUGUUGGUACUGAAGCGAAGAUUACAGUUAGUUGGUUCCAUAAUCCGGAACUAUUUCAUUGCCAAUUAGUGGACUAUCAAGAAGAAUUCAAAACCAUGAUGGAGGAAAUCCACGACUUCUACAAGGACAGAAAACCCGAAUUGGUAGUUUGCGGCGCGCCCGUAGUUGCUCUGUUUCCUGAAGACAAUGUUCUGUAUCGUGCAAGAGUAUUGGAGGUUGUAGGUAUCGAUUACAAAGUAUAUUACGUCGAUUUUGGCAACGUAUCCAUCGUUUCCAAAACGUGGCCUAUCGAUAAGAAGUUUAUGAACCUUCCUGCUCAAGCUAUAGCGUGCUCGCUGAAUGGCAUAAGUCCGAUUGGUGAAGAUUGGGCUGAUCCAGAUACAUAUAGCGGAUAUUUUGAUAAGGAAGCUUUUGUUUGCAAUUUUAUUAAAACGGUUGAUGAAAAAAAUUUUGUAAAUAUAACCUACGAAUCCGAAAGUAUUGCUGACUUAUUAGUCAGAGACGGCUUGGCCCUAUCAGCCGCAUCUGGUCCAACAGACGGCGAUAUAGAUAUUAACGUGUUACUCGGGCAACAAUUUAGAGCUACUAUUAUCAGCGUGAAUGACCUGAAUGACUUCAUCGUGGGACUGGAUUGUGGUAAAAUCAUCACAUGUACCAUGCAUAACUUGGAAACUGCGACUGAAACUUUUAAAGACGACCUUAAGGGUCUCUUGCAACAGGCUGUGAUUAUUUAUGUCGAUAAUGUCUUAGAAGAUAAUAAGUUAGAAAUUACUCUUUAUGAUACUGAAGGAAAUAAACACGUUUUACUCAACCCUGAUGAAGGUUCAUAUGACACGUUAGAUCUUCCUUGUCCUAUGCUGGUAUUACGUUCAAACAUCACUGGUUACGUACCUUUCGGGGGCGAAUCAUCAGUUUUUAUCCAACCAAAUGAAUACCUCGAAACAAUAAAUUCCCUUCUCGAUUUGUUGUUUGAAACAUACGACGGCAAACCUAACGAGAAUACAAUAAUUCCCGAAACUGAUUCCAUAUAUGCGGUAAAUAGUGAAGAUGGAAACUGGUAUCGAGGCAAAGUGACUGAUUUCGAUGAUGAACAAGCUGUAGUUUCGUUUAUAGAUUAUGGAAAUUCUGAGAAGGUAGCGUUUUCUGCGUUAAGAGAGUUAGAAAAAGAAUUUUUGGACAUUCCUAUUUUGUGCGUAGAGGUUAAUAUUUCCUGUGACGGUACCCCUUUCGUAGACAAAGAAGUAAUAGCGAACAUCUUUUAUGGAGAAAGUAGCUGGGAAGGUACUGUCCAGCUCUUAGGAUCUUCCGCUCCAGUAACAGAAACGCAGGAAAAUUAUGUCGAAAGUACCGAGGAAACAGUUGCAUAUAUUGUGGAGAAACCACAAGAGAAUAUAUCCAAUCAAAAACUGGAGGAUCAACAAGCACACGGAGAAAUAGUUGAAAAAGGAGCAUCUGCAGAAAGAGAAUCGGCUAUUGCUGAACCAGUGAAAGGAACUCUUGUUUAUAUGAGUCAUAUUGACUCCCCAAGCGAUUUUUACCUGCAAUUUGCCAAAAACAAGGAAGAUAUCGACAACCUUCAAACUGAAUUACAAAUGCUGGUAGAAGAGAUGGAGAUUCUCGAGAAUCCAGCGCCCGGUGCUUUAUGCGCUGCUCCCUAUUCCGUGGACCAACAGUGGUACCGAGCAGAAGUGUUGGACGCCGAUGAAGAUAUUACCACGGUGCGAUUCGUUGAUUUUGGUAACACCGAUGUCAUCGAUAAUAAUACUACUCGAGUAAAAACUCUACCUCCAAAGCUUCUAUCACUAGCGAUCUACGCAACGAGAUGUGCCCUUAAAGUUGAACCCUUAGGCGAGGAAUGGGACGCUUUAGCAAUGACAGCUUUUGAAAAUCUUACAAAUGUCGAAAAUUUAACGGCCGAGAUUUUAAAUCAGGACGAAAAAUGCACGUAUGUAGAACUGUAUGUUGAUAGUACGGAUAUUCGGGCAGCUUUGGUGAAAGAAAACCUGGUUAAAACAAUUACGGAAAAGACCGAAACAAGACAGACUGGUUUCGUAAGCCAUUUAAACUCACCGUCCGAAUUCUGGAUCCAAUUGGAGAGUUGCAUAGACGAACUCGAAUGGAUCGCCGAACAGCUCAGUUCAGCUGAGACAUUCCCUGAUGUAACCGAUUUUACUCCUGGCACAUUAUGCGCUGCUCUCUUUCCAGACGAUCAAAUGUGGUAUAGAGCUAGAAUUCUAUCCGAUACGGUGGCAGGUCUAGAACUUAUUUUCAUCGAUUAUGGCAACUCAUGCGUUUGUACGGAUUUGAAACAACUUCCAGAAGAUUUAGUUAUGACUGCGCCAUUGGCAAUGAAAUGUAGUCUGCAAAAGAACGACGGCAUUCCCACAUGGACGCCAGAAGCGGCUGCUAAGUUCGCCGAUAUAUCGGCAGAGGGCCAAACGAUUUUUACCGUUAAAAAAAUUAGCAGCGGUGAAACUUCUAUCGUGCAGCUUUUCUUAGAAGACAAUGACGUGACCACAAUGUUGUUGCCUUCUACCGAAGACGGUCGUAUUAAAGAACUAGAAGCUUUAGACAAUUUAACGAUUGAAAAAGUAACUGGUGCAAUUGUGGAAAAACUAUCCUUAGAGCCUAUGGAAGGACAAGAGCUCGAUGAAAAUUUGAAGGAAAAAUUGGAGGAAUUAAACGAAAAAGGUACCACAGUCUUCCAAAUAGAAUUUGUUAAUGAAAAUACCAUCAGAUUAUACCAUAAUGGUAAAGACAUUCGUCCAUUCUUGGGAGGCUUCAAAAGUUCAUCAUUUGAUGAUCCGUUACAUAAUCAAGGGUCCGAUGAGGCUCGAAUACAAGAUCAGAAUAGUGUUGUGGCAGAAACAGAAAUUACUGAGUGUGUAGAAAAUACUUUAAAAUACAAUUCAAUAAUUCCUUCACAAAAUCAAGCUCUGCCAGAAAUUGAUACUGAGAGUCAGUCAGGUAGUACCUAUAAUGAAAUUAAUGACUUAUCUUUAAUGCAACAAAGUGGUGGAAAUAUAGAGGACACUAAAGUGGAGAACGUCCCAAAAUCAAAAUCAAAUGAAAGAGUUGAAGAAUGCUCAAUUGCCGACAAUGUAAAAGACAAUACCCUAACAAUAUGUACAGAUAAAUUAGAACCUGCAACUGAAAAAUCGGAACCGUUUACAGAAGAUUCUAAAGACCCUAUAGAUGUGGUUGAAGGUGAUGCAACUGAAAAAUCAGAAGUAUUUACAGAAGAUUCUAAAGACCCUUUAGUUGUGGGUGAAGAAGAUGCAGAUGAAAAAUCAGAAGCAUUUACAGAAGAUUCUAAAGAUCCUUUAGAUGUGAUUGAAGAUGAUGCAGAUAAAAAAUCAGAAGCAUUUACAGAAGAUUCUAAAGACCCUUUAGAUGUGGUUGAAGAUCAUGCAGAUAAAAAAUCAGAAGCAUUUACAGAUUCUAAAGACGCUUUAGAAGCGGUUGAAGGUGAUGCAGAUGAAAAAUCAGAAGCAUUUACAGAAGAUUCUAAAGACGCUUUAGAUGCGGUUGAAGGUGAUGCAGAUGAAAAAUCAGAAGCAUUUACAGAAGAUUCUAAAGACCCUCUAAAUGUGAUUGAAGAUAGUGCAGAUGAAAAAUCAGAAGCGGUUGAAGGUGAUGCAGAUGAAAAAUCAGAAGCAUUUACAGAAGAUUCUAAAGACCCUCUAGAUGUGAUUGAAGAUAGUGCAGAUGAAAAAUCAGAAGCGUUUACAGAAGAUUCUAAAGACCCUUUAAAUGUGGUUAACGAUGAUGCAGAUGAAAAAUCAGUAGCAUUUACAGAAGAUUCUAAAGCCCCUUCAGAUAUGGUUGAAGAUGAUGCAGAUAAAAAAUCAGAAGCAUUAACACAAAAUUCUAAAGGCCCUUUAGAAGCGGUUGAAGAUGAUGUAAUUGAAAAAUCAGAAGUAUUUACAGAAGAGUCUAAAGACCCUCUAGAUGUGAUUGAAGAUAGUGUAGAUGAAAAAUCAGAGGCGUUUACAGAAGAUUCUAAAGACCCUUUAAAUGUGGUUGAAGAUGAAGCAACUGAAAAAUCAGAAGUAUUUACAGAAUAUUCUAAAGACCCUGUAGGUAUGGUUGAAGAUGAUGCAGAUAAAAAAUCAGAAGCACUUACAGAAGAUUCUAAAGACUCUUUAAAUGUGGUUGAAGAUGAUGAAACAAAAACUUCUGACAUAACGUAUGAUACAUUAGUUGGCCAACUUGCAACUUAUACAGAAAAAAUAAAAGCAGAAACAGAAGAGUUUUUGUCAAAGGAAGAUACGAAACUUGGGCAAGACAAAAAACUUUCAAAAACUGAUGAAUCUCAAGACGUAUCAGAAACAUCAGAGAUGUCUGAUGUUUCUGUUACUAAACAGGGUAGAAAUAAUAUAAAAGAUGGUGAAUCUCAAAUUGAACAACUCUCUCAAGAUUAUGUGAAAAAACAUCAGGAAUCUGAAACUGGUUUAAAAAAUGUUGAAUUGCAAAAUGAGAAUGCUUUCUCUGAUCAUAUUUCAGAAAAGUCUAAUAUUUCUGAUACUAAACAGAACACAAUAGGUUUAAAAGAAGAUGAAUCUCAAAUUUUACAAACAUCUACAGACUCUGAUAGUUCUAAAGUUCAGGAAACCGAAACAGAUCUUAAAAAAGUUGUAACCCAAAAUGAGGGUAUUUCCUGUGAUCAACUCUCUGAAAAAAUUGAUAUUAUUGAUUCUAAGCAGGAGACAAUUAAUUUAAAAGAAGAUGAAUCUCAUACUGGACAAACCCUUGCGGAUUUUGAUAUAUCUAAACAUACAGAAACUAAAACAGUUUUGAAAAAUAUUGAAACUCAACAUGAUGAUACUAAACAGCAUAAGACAGAUUUAAAAGUUGAUGAAUCUCAAAUCGGACAUAUUCCUACAGAAUCUGAUAUUUCUGAACUUUUAGAAACGGAAACAGAUGCAAAAAAUUGUGAAUCUGAAAUCUGCGAAUCAGAAAAUUCUGGUAUUUCCAAUAGUAGAGAGGACAUCGCAGUUUCAAAAGGUGAUGAAUCUCAAAUUGAAGGCAGAUCGUCGGAUCAACUUGCUGAACAGUUAGAAAUUGUCCCCAAUAGCGAUAAACCUAAAACUGAAUACGUAACCUCAGUAGGAAUUAACGAACCAUCAGAAAUGUCAGUGGAUGAUGUUAUAAAAGAACAUGUGAUGACUAAAAGCUUAGUUUUGGUAAAUAAUUUAGGCGAAACACUCGAUUCCCCUGAAAAGGAAUGUUCAGAAGAUCACAAUGAAAUGGUAACAGGAGAUUUUAUUGACAAUGAAGGAGAGAUUGUUGAAGAAUGCUCAAAAGUAGAUGAAACGUUAGAAAAUUCUGAAAAUUUGGAAGACAGUAAAGAUUCUUUUAAUCAUGAAACAGACGCGUCUGGGACUAGUGACGAAAUAGAAAACGUAAGCUCAAAAUUAUCUACAGUGAGCGACACAACUGCCAAGAAAGUUACUACCAAAACACCAGAAUCUUCAAAAUCGUUGGAAAGGAGAGCACUUCAUUUACCGAAAGAUCUGCGUAGUAAAAGUACUGAAGAAGCUCAGAAAAAGAGUGCUCAAGGAGCUGUAAAGAAAACUACACCAACUAAAAGUAAUCCUAAAACAGUGUCCCCAACUAAAACUACAUCACCAAAAAAUACGUCUACAAAAUCUCCUCCUAAAGUAGAGAUUCCUAAAUUGAGUCCUACAAAACCUCUUCAAACUACAUCUAGUUCGAAAGUAAGUCCGAAGAAGGAUUCUGCAGCAACAAAUGCCGUGAGUCCCACAAAAUAAAUGAGAUUUCUCAAAUUGCUACACUUCAUACUUCACAACUCGGGAAUAUUAUUGUAGAAGUUUUUUUUGUUAACGUUGCAAGUACAGAGCGACAAAUCAACAAUAGAAAUACAUUAAAGCGUAUUGAUGUAUAAGACAAAUCAUUGUUUUUAUUGAAAAAUGUGUAUGUUUAUAUUUUGGUUUCAUUAAUUUUUGUUUGUUUACAUAAUGUUGUUUCAUUUAGCUUGUUUUAAGGCCAAAACGUUUUAUUUUGAUAAUAAAUAUGUUUAUGAAUUUA